UUUAGAGGAAGUAAAAUCUCCGAGAUUGAAGCUCGCAGUCAACCAGGAGUACUGUGAAAGUAGAUAACAUUUAGAAUUGUGUAAUUUUUUAGAAAUGUCUAACGCAACACCAGUGACCAAGCCUUCAAACAAAGAAAACCCCCGUGUCUUCCUUGAUGUAGACAUCGGUGGUGAAAGAGUUGGCCGAAUUGUGUUCGAACUGUUUGCUGAUGUUGUCCCCAAAACUGCUGAAAACUUUCGAGCACUCUGUACUGGUGAGAAGGGAACUGGCAAAACCACAGGGAAACCACUCCAUUUCAAAGGAUGUCCUUUCCACAGGAUCAUCAAGCAAUUCAUGAUCCAGGGAGGUGAUUUCUCCAACCAGAAUGGCACUGGAGGAGAGAGCAUCUAUGGGGAGAAGUUUGAAGAUGAGAACUUCUAUUACAAGCACGACAAAGGGGGCUUGCUGAGUAUGGCCAAUUCUGGACCCGCCACCAAUGGCUCCCAGUUUUUCAUCACCACUGUGCCUACUGCUCAUCUAGACGGCAAACAUGUGGUCUUUGGACAAGUCUUGAAGGGGAUGGGGCUGGUGAAAACACUGGAGGCCAUAGAGACCAACGAGGACACACCUGUCAAGCCAUGUGUAAUUGCUGAGUGUGGUGAGCAUAAAGAUGGCGACAACUGGGGAGUAGCACCGAAUGACUGCUCAGGGGACACCCAUCCAGACUACCCAGAGGACUCCGAUGUCGACUUAAAAGAUGUUGACAAAAUCCUGUCUGCUGCUGAAGAUAUUAAGAAUAUUGGGAACAACUUCUUCAAGAACCAAGACUGGCAGUCUGCAAUCAAGAAGUACUCCAAAGCUCUCAGGUAUCUGGCACUUGGUGGAGACGAGCAGGAGAUUGAGAAGGCCCAAACGAAGCUGGAGCCCACAGUGUUGAGCUGCAUUCUCAACACAGCUGCCUGUAAACUGAAGUUGCAGCUCUGGCAGGAAGCCAUGGACAGUUGUGACGAGGCACUGGAGUUGAACCAGAAAAACACUAAGGCUCUGUUCAGGAGGGCCCAGGCCUGGCAAGGACUGAAGGAAUACAGUAAAGCCAUGAGUGAUCUGAAGAAAGCUCAAGAAAUUGCACCGGAGGAUAAAGCAAUCGGAAACGAGAUGAAGAGAGUCCAGAUAAAAGUGAAGGAGGAAAAGGAGAAAGAGAAGCAAAUCUAUUCCAAAAUGUUUGCGUGAAGGUAUCAGACAAUAAUUUGAUAUAGGCCUAUCCUUAAAGUCCACUUGCCAAUAGUUAUUUCGUUUAGGCAGCUAGCUACAAUACAGGUGCAAAUUGAAAACCAGGACCAUGUAAUCAUAUUGUCUGUUUAAUGAGUGGCACCCAAGGGUAGGUGAAAACGAAGUAUAGAUAUGUAACAAAAUGUAAGCAUUUUUUUUUGAGGAAGCUUAAACCUGUCAGCAUUUUGUCAGAGUAUUUCACAUUCUUUCAUGUUUACUCUGAAUAACUACUGUAAUAUCCCUUUUUAUUUUUAUGAAUGUUUAAUAUAAGCCAUAAAGAUGAAAUGUGGUUGGUUAGUUGACUCUAUUUCUAGAAAUGUCCAUACACCACCUGUAUACAAUGCAAUUAAAUACUACCUGUACGUUCAAUGAGAGAAGUAUGGAGUAAGACACCGAGGCACAGUAAAUAUUUUAUUCACCCGCAUACAUCCUACCCACAGUAUCUCAUAGAUCAUAUGCUGUUAUUGCUAAUGGCACCUGCAACUAGCUAAUGAAAUAACCCUCAAUUUUGGCACUGAUUUGAAGAUAUUUCGAUCCAUGUCAAUGCAGCUUCUUCUGCUUAUGGCAUACAAAUAUAUAAAAUACUUUUUAGUUGCAUUCUGAAAACCGUACAUGAACCAAAGUCACUGUUUAAUGCCCGUACUUUACAAUGUUGACAUUCAGUUCCAUAUCUAUUCACACAGUAUAGUAGAUUCUAAAAGCUGUCUUGGCAGCAAGCCCUGAAUGUGUUUUUGCAGACACCACACUUGAGGUUUCUGACCUCACUGCUACAAUUGGUGCCUCGUGAUAUGUCUGAAUGAAAAGGGAAAUCACAUUCCAUUGUAGGCUGGUCCUCCGCUGCCUUCGGGCACCACCCAGUUGAUGUUCUGGCUGGGGUCCUUGAUGUCGCACGUCUUGCAGUGCACGCAGUUCUGAGCGUUGAUCUGCAACCUCAUACCCUCUCCAGUUUCGAGUGGAACGUACUCAUAUACACCUAGUGAAAGGGGGAAUGAAGGGAGUUAAGACAAAUCUAACUAAUACUGUAAGUCUACUCUUGUGGUGACUCAUAUUGGAUUGUUAUCAGGAAACAGGUUUGCAGAGGCCACUACAUAGGUUAAUGACUGAUGUGAGAAAUGAUAGCUAUGCGGCCAGAAUUACCGCAGGUGUGUGCAGUGCAGUCCUCCCAGUCAGUCAAUAUGUUUGUCACUAUUCAUUAUCCAUUAGAUAAUGAAAUUACAUUUCAAUGAUGGUACUACUUACAAUGAACAAAAAUAUAAACGUAACAUGUAAAGUGUGUUGGUCCCAUGUUUCAUGACCUGAAAUAAAAGAUCCCAGAAAUGUUCAA